UCCCCCCUAAACAGCUGAUUGGAAUUCAUUCGCGUCGCCCGAGGGGGGCACCUAGGAAGGUGAGGGCGGAGAGCGGGAAGCGCGAGUUAAUUGUCAGCAGCAAGCAACACGUCCGCCUCCUCGCUCCAAAGAAGGGAAGGCAAAGCCCCAGCAAGGAUGACCGAAGAGAGCGCGGACGUUCCCAAAGAGUUGCUGGAAAGCGUCAAGGAUGUGAUUGGAAGGAAGAUAAAGAUUUCUGUGAAAAAGAAAGUCAAACUUGAAGUCAAGAGCGAUAAAGUAGAUAAUAAAAUAUUGGUGCUAACAUCAUGUCGGGCCUUUCUGUUAACUUCCCGUAUUCCUACCAAGCUAGAAUUAACUUUCAGCUACUUGGAAAUCCAAGGAAUCACUUGCAAUAAACCAGGCCAGCUGAUUAUAGAAACUGAAAAGUGCAACAUUUCUAUGAAGUUAACUUCAUCUGAAGAUGUGCAUGAAGUGUUGGCACAUAUUGGAACAUGCCUUAGGAGAAUAUUCCCUGGUCUGUCUCCAGUGAGAAUAAUGAAGAAAGUAAUUAUGGAGCCCCCAGACAGGCUGGCUAAUCUGCAGACUCUGUGGGACAGUCAAACUGUAGGAGAAUUAGGCCCAUGUGGUGGUUUUUCUCAAAUGUAUGCAUGCGUUUGUGACUGGCUGGGCUCUCCGUAUAGGGAAGAAGUGCAGUGGGAUGUUGAUACCAUUUAUCUGACUCAAGAUACCAGGGAAUUAAAUUUGCAAGACUUUAGCCAUCUUGACCACAGAGAUUUAAUACCAAUAGUUGCUGCCCUGGAAUACAAUCAGUGGUUUACAAAGCUUUCCUCUAAGGAUCUAAAGUUAUCCACUGAUGUUUGUGAGCAGAUCUUAAGAGUUGUGAGCAGAUCCAGUAGAUUGGAAGAGCUAGUACUAGAGAAUGCUGGUCUUAGGACAGAUUUUGCACAGAAGUUGGCCAAUGCUCUAUCCCACAAUCCCACCUCAGGACUUCAUACAAUUAAUCUUGCUAACAAUCCUCUAGAGGACAGAGGAGUAUCUUCCUUAAGUAUUCAGUUUGCCAAACUACCAAAGGGGCUGAUGCAUUUAAAUUUAUCUAAAACCUCAUUAUCACCUAAAGGUAUAUAA